AACUUCCAAGUUGUCGAGGUGCCGCCCGAGGACCACGGAAACUUUUUUGACGGCGACACCUACAUCGUAAUGAACAUCUUCCGGUUGGGCAAUGAACUGGGCUACGACCUGCACUCGUGGAUUGGACGGCACAGCACUCCGGUGAGUUAGGCAUCGCAAGAUGCAAAUUCAUGUUGGCACACGAUCAAGGUUUGCGGCCUGUCCACAGAGGACGUGCCUGUCAUACAGAGCCUAGCAAAUGAGCCAUUUGGAAUUGCUAUUGUAGAGUUCAGGGUUAAGUGGAAACGGCGAACCACACGCGAGGCGAAUAUCUUGUGGAAUUUAGGCUACAAUGGAAUGCUUUGGCAAAAUCUGGUCAUCCAUAAAUGUCAUCUUGACCAGCUUUUAUCAGUAAGCGACACGCCAGAUUAG